CGUGACGACAUCCGAAGAGAAAGGAUGCUAGGUCGAGCGUGCUCUCUUCUAUCGCCUGUUGACAUCCUCUUUGCAUUUGCAAGUUGAAGUUUCAUCACAUCUAAAUGCAUUUUGUUAAAUCAAUAAAGAAUGUUUAAAUCUACAAUUAACCUUCGUAGUGAUAGCUGAGUUUUAUGUACGGACCGUUCAGAAAAAUUUGGUUCGUUUUUUUGUGUUGAAACGCUGAUCACCAAACGGAGAUAUAACCGAUAGGCUACAAAUCUCGGUACAUAUGAUCUUGAUUGAAUACUGGAGGGCAACGGUAAUAAUAGCAUUCGAAUCAAGAUAAACACAGCCAGAAAAAGCUGAUAUUGGAUUUAUUGAAAGGAGAAUAAAACGGAAAUUACCGAAAAAAGCAUUUUGGAAGAGUCGGUUGGAAUCAGCGCACCUCCUGAUAGCCUGCAUUGCUUAAAUAUUGUAAUUGGAUUUUAGUAUAACUUCUUCAUGUCAUCGAUAAUAUCGAUCGAUAUUUUCCCCCAGGAAAUAAAUGCUGCUCCUUCUUAGCUUACGCAUGCAAUGGUUGCUUGGACAAAUAUUUGCCCGUACAGCCAGACGGCACAACUGUAAUACAUCAUAAAAUGGAUCAAUAUUAGAAUGCGAUUUGAGGGAAUUAGAAAAAUGUAAUCGACUCCGAAGGUGAGGCGUGCUCCUUCCAAACGCAUUCCGGAAGAAAAUGAUUUUAUGAACAAAAAUAAAAUACAACAUCGCAGAUGAAUUAAGAUUGGAAUUGGAUUAUCAUCUGAUGAAGUAACGAAGGCCUUUCUUGGAUGAUUGUGCAUGCUUUUGAAGUUGAGAAAGAAACACCAAGAAAUGGAAUAAGGAUAUUACUUUAUAUCAUUUUGCAUCGUGGAUAAAUUAUGAUCAUGAUCAUGACCUCGUGAUUUCUACGAAGAAAUCACGUCGAGUAACCAUUGUUCAAAUAGCAUUUGGAGGAUACACACCUCUGUAAUCAAAUUGAGCCAUUAGCAGUUUGAAAUGGAUAUGAUAUUGUGAUCUUUAAAAAAAACGGGAUAUAAAAUGGCUGUAGAUGAUUCGUGUUACUCGAUGGAAAACUAUCCACCUGGAGUCGUUAUUCUGCCAACAUUGUUCGGUGAGGAUAUACCAGUGUGUUACCCUUUAACGGAUUCUAUUCGAAUAAGUCUUGGCAUGGUUAUUGGUGUUACAGCUAAUCUAGGAGCGCUAAUCUUGAUAUGGUUCAGUCGGAAACAGGAACAUACCCCUACUAGUUAUAACAUACCUAACGUCUUAGUAUUGGUUUUAUGUGCUACGGACCUGACACGGUUGUUGUUUGGUGAAAGUGUCUGGAUAGUGAAUAUUCUCUGCGGUUCUUGGAUGGGAGGCUCAGGAAGUCUUCUCUAUUCUAACUUUGUGAGCACCAUGUGUCUUCGGUUAUCAGGGUUUGUUGUCAUAUUCAUGGGUGUCGAGCGUUACCUCAGUCUUUUAAAGCCAUUCUUCUAUGAUAAGAGCGUGACGUUACAGCGUAUAUUCAUCGCCAUCUUUGUUCUCAUCUUCUAUUCCUUUGCUAUGGCUUCUCUACAAAUAACUGGACAAGUCAACGCCGAAUCCCAUGCAUGCAACCUAUCAGCAGCUUACUAUUGUUUUACAUACAAAAAUUCUACGAUGAAUUGGACAUCGGUAAUAUACACAGCCUAUGACAUUCUUACAGUUGUCGAAAGUCUUGCUAACAUUGUGAUUUUAGUAUUUUGCAAUGUGUUUGUGAUACGCUGUAUGAGGCAGAUGCGACAAAGGAUCGACAUGGUGUGUCCUCGGAACAGAGAUGAGUAUAUCAAACAAGUAGACAUGAUUCGAGGAGUCUCUGCUGAAUUCUCCCGUCUUAUGGUUGGCAUUACACUUGUCUUUGUAAUUACAGUCAUCCCGUACGAGGGAGGAGAGGUGUCAUUACUCCUUAACGACAUCUACGCCGAUGCUUGUAAUGAAUUAUAUGAAAGAAGGCAUUCAAGAAUGAGCGAAUUCUGA